AUGCCAUCAUAUCUCGUCCCUCGAGACGACCCACAACCACCGCCGCCAACGGUCCCGUUCAAAGACUCGCCGGGCUACAGCGCCAAUAAGACUUUGAUCAUUAAUUGCGUCUUUAUAGUCUUGACCACCUUCGUGGUCUCGGUGCGGCUUUUUGUGAGAGCCUUCAUGACAAAGGCGCUGGGGAUCGACGACCUGGUGUGCUUUCUUGCUUUUUGUUUCGUCAUUACCCUCUCUAGCAUGGAAAUACAUUCAAUUCAAUACGGCAGCGGCGCACAUAUUAUGUAUGUAACGCCGGAAGCUUUGGCGUUUUGGUUCGAGGCCUUGGUCAACCAGACUCUCGUCUACUUUCUGGCCACGGGCUUCAUGCGCCUAUCCAUAUUGACGUUUCUUCCUCGGCUGAACAAAGAUCUCCAAGAACGGAAGUUCAAGGUAGCUAUAUGGGUCACUGGCUUCAUCAUUGUUGCACAAACCAUAGGCUGCAUUGUGUACCGGCUCACCGAAUGCAACCAGAUCAGUGAUAUCUGGAAACCCCCAGAUCUAACGACGGGGAGAUGCGUCCCUGCUGAACAGGAAAACGCCAUGAUCGUCGGACACCAGUCCAUAGGCCUCAUCGUCGACGUCGCGCUGCUCGCCCUGCCCAUAUGGAUCAUUUAUGACAAGAUGCUCUUCAGCAAGAGGGCCGUACAGGUAAUCUUGAUCUUUAGCAUUGGUAUCUUUGUCGUCGUGGCGGGUAUCAUCCGUCUCUACAUGUUAAAGACGCUCCUAUUCCUGGCAGACCCAACCUACAACAUCACGACCAUCGGCGUCUGGACCGACCUCGAAGGCCACAUAGGCCUAUGGUGCGGCUGCUUCCCGGCCAUGCAGCCGCUCCUACGCCUCCUGUCAUACAAACUGAGCUUCCGCUCCAAGCUGAGGAGUUACCUCCCUCACAGAGACGGACACGACGGCAAGAACCCGGCCGGCAGCGGCGCACUCAACAACACCAUCGGCAGCGGCGGCGGCGGCUGGUCCUCGGGCGCCAGCCGUGGCAAGAAGACGGCCUACGUCGACAGCAGCCGCGGCGCCGAUGCGGAUAACUAUAGUGAGCAGGGCAUCGCCGGCGGCCCGGACCUGCAGCUGAACAAGGUGCGACAGGCCGGCGACCACGGAAUCAGAAAAACCACCGACGUCGAGGUCUCGAUCGACGAGUGCGGUUCUCCGAGUCGGUUUGCCGAGAUCCAUGGAUGGUGA